AUGUAUAAAACAUUCAUUUUUAGAGAUUAUGGUAUGGGUCAUACCAAUUUACCUCAUGGCAAAUAUGAGUAUCAAUAUAUUAUAUCAUAA